CGAGUGAAGCGGUAGGACGCGCGUAAAAUAGCACCACGUAAUGGCGGCUACAUCUUCUAACGGUGAGAUCUUGAAUAGGAACGCUUCCGGUUCUGCGAGUGGCGCAAACAGUGUUGGUGAUCCCAAGAUUUCCCAGCUCAAUUCAGAAAUGAAAAGUGAAGGUGCUGACAUGGAGCUCGAAGGGAUUUCGGCGGAAAAGGCCGGCGAGUACGUUCGUGAGCUGUUACAAGAAAAGCAAUCUCUGGAUUCGUCGCAAUGGCCGCAUGCUUUACGACUUUUGGAUCAAGAGGUGACCAAGGAGGUGGCCCAGGUUCAGGCGCUGGGCAAGCCCAUCCCCAAGGAGAGCAAAUACGUGGACAUCUACCGCGAGAAGCCCAUCCGGGUGGCCGUCAAGGUGCUGGUGCCCAUCAAGGAGCACCCCAAGUUUAACUUCGUUGGGAAGUUGCUGGGACCAAAAGGCAAUUCCAUGAAACGUCUUCAAGAGGACACAAUGACCAAAAUGGCGGUCCUUGGCCGAGGGUCCAUGAAGGACAAGCAGAAGGAGGAGGAGCUUCGCGCCUCGCUCGACCCCAAGUACGCGCACCUCAGCGACGACCUGCACGUGGAGAUCACGGCCUUCGCGCCGCCGGCCGAGGCUCACGCGCGCAUCGCCUACGCCCUCGCCGAGCUGCGCAAGUACCUGAUCCCCGACUCGAACGACGAGAUCCGGCAGGAGCAGAUGCGCGAGAUGGAGCUGAUCCAGACGGUGGUGGAGCCCGGUCCCAACGGCACGCAGUCGGUGCGGCGCGUGGUGCGCGGGGGGGUCGCGGCGCUGCGGGGUCGCGGCGCGUCCUUGCGCGGCGGCGGCGGCGUCUCGGCGGCGGCGCUGCGUGGCGGCGGCGGGGGCGGCGGCCUGGCCAUGCGCGGCGGCCGAGGGCUGCUGUCGCCGCCUCCGGGCUCGCUGAUGCCGCCGCGCGGCGUGGUGCCGCCGCCGGCGGGAGUCAGGAAGCCGCUGGCGCCGCCGCCGUCGCUGCUGCCGCGGCCCCUGCCCACCAAGACGAAGGUGCUCAGCAUCCUGGACCGCGCCCGCGUCGCCAUGGAGGAGAGCUACGGCUGCGAGGAGGAGCUGGCGGGCGGCGAGCCGGGCUUCUACGAGCCCUACGACGCCUACAACGCGACCGGGUACUCCGGUUAUGAUGACUACGAUGAGGGACCCGUUGACUACUACAGCCCAGGGGAUGCGUACCCAGACGACACCACCAACCGAUGGAAAGGGUUCAAAGCUCCGACCUCGGGACUCGCUACGGACCGGGCACCGCGGUUUCGCCCCGCCCCAUACACUCGGCCCACCAAGUAAUUGGUGCGUUCCACCGUCACGCGCUGCACCAAUAGCGGCCAGAAGCCACCUGUGAGCCGCCCGCCUGCCGCUCGCGAGUGUGUUUUUAGCCGAUUGAGUGUGAGUGCAAGCAGGGCGCCAGCAUAUUUGCAGACAAGGGAACUUUUAAUUUUGAGAUAUAUUGAGGGGGGGGAAAAAAAAAAAGAAAUGUGUGCAAGUGUUAUCAGUGUCAAUUCUCCACGUAUCAAAUUCUUUUUUUUUGUAGAUUUUGUGUUAUGUUCAUUUAUUUUUUUUUCCUUCGUUCAUUUACUUUUGCUUUGCUUAAGACAAUUAAUUAAUUAAUUAAUUAAUUAAUUGUGUUCUUCCCCUUCAAUCCGUCCUCCAAAAUAACAUUCUGCAAGUCUUAAAUUUAAAUUUUUUGCGGUUAUUAAUGAUUAUUUUUUCUUAAAUUAAUGGUCAGUUCUGUUUUAUUUUUAGUUCGUAUUCAUCUUUAAAUUAAACAUCUCUUUUUGAGACAUUUGUUUUUUUUAAUAGGAAAUAACAUAGACUCACCAAGUUAUUUGGGAAUUGUGUAUUGUCAUUUGUAGAUGUACAAAUUUGUAUGGAUGUUUUCAAGUAUAUCCUAGAAAAGAAUUUUUUUUUAAGUUUCAUCGAUAAAUUUUUGUAGCCUGUAUCACAUAAUUGUGGAUAAAAUUAAGUAGAACUUUUUUAUCGGAUUUUCCUUUUCCAUUGUGUACACUGGACAUUUCCGGCAGAUUAAAAGCCCAUUUCUCGAGACUGAUAUACUGACAGGACCAAAAUUUAUUGAUCUUUGGAGGAAAGACAAUCAGAUCGGAGUCUUGGAAAGCAGUGGAGUGCAUAGGAGUGUGAUGCGACCAAAUUUCUAUUCACGAAUGUGUGUUGGGUGACAUUCCGAGCACUCAUGAGUUGCAAAGUGAUUUUGCCAGUAGAUAAGUUUUCAUUUUACUUAAACAUAACCAUUAGGCUUUUUAAAUUUCUGUGUAGGUUGUUAGUAAAGACAGUGUUUCAAGACUGCCUUGUAGCUUAGUUAGUAUGGGGUGUGGCAAUAGUUGUGAAAUGCCAACAUACAUAAACAUAUUCUGUACAACUUUGCUUUUCUUACCAGUUAGUGUCAUAAUGGUAUGCGUCACAAACAUACUUGAUUCUUGUGGAGACAGCAUUUAACGUUUUGCUCAUGUUUAUUAUUUUUCUUUUCUUUAAUGGUUUUGGGUUUUUAUGUGUGUGUGUAUGAAAGUAAAAGCUACUUAGCUUAAUAGUAGAAAUGCUCUAUGUGGAUAUUUUACUGAAUGUAAAAAAAAAAGAAAACAAUGAAAAUACAUAAAUAAUUGUAAUGUUUAUUCACUGUCCAUUGUAAUACAUGUGGACCUUUAGAUUUAUAUGUAAUUUUAAAAACUUAAACUUAACGUUUAAUAAUAAUAAUAAUGAUUGUUAUAACCUAGAAUAGCAGUUACCGGACAUGAUAAAAAUAAUAUUGAUUUUAUUUUGCAUUUUAAUUUGCUAUUUGCCAUGUAUUAUUUUUUUUUAAUUCAUCUCUGUGACAAGUAAUGAUGCCCCUUAAUAAAGAUGUUGUCUACAAAAA